UGAUGAUGACGAGGACAAGGUAGAUCCUGAAAUUAGAGAAAUGAUAGCAAAUAAUAGAAAUGCUAAAAUAAUUACUCCAAUUGUUAAUUCAAUGAGAAUUGAUGCAAUUGUCAAAGGUGGAUUUGGAGUUUCUCGAGCAAAAGCUGAAACUAUUUUAUAUGAUAGUAAACUACGAAUAAAUGGUUACAAAGUACCAAAAAAAGGUUUACAAAUUGGAAUUGAUGAUGUGAUUGACUUGAUUCAGGGACCAAGUCCAAAGAAUCCAGAUUUUCUUGUUGUAACAAGAAUCAAGAUACUCGAUGCAAACACUCAUGAAAACAUGUACAAAGUCAAAAUGUUGAGAGAAAAAAAUUUAGUAAUUGAAAAUUAUGAAGACUCUUGGAACCCAGUAGCUGAUGAGUAAUGAGCUUUCUCCAACAUCAUAAUAGACUGUAAAUAAAAAACAAACAAAAAUAAAACAAACAUUAUAAUUAAAAUUAAAGGUAAAUUAUGUUAAGUAACUUACUU